AUGUCCACCGGCCCCUCUUCCAUCGUACAAUUGCAACGUCAAGCGAAAACGAAAAGGCUACCAAAGCCCAGGGUCGGUGCCCUGCCGCGCCCAGUGGGAGGCUCCGAUAAGCUAGGCACCUUUGCUGGAGUUUUCGUGCCAACGAUGCUCAAUGUCCUGAGCAUCCUGAUGUUCCUGAGAUUCGGUUUUAUCCUCGGCCAAACCGGGUUCUUGGGCACGAUUGGCAUGCUCGUGAUCUGCUAUGCAGUCAACCUGCUGACCACGAUGUCGUUAAGCGCCAUCGCAACCAAUGGAACCGUGAGAGGCGGGGGCACCUACUACCUGAUCUCUCGAAGUUUGGGGCCCGAGUUUGGGGGGAGCAUCGGCAUUGUGUUCUACCUUGGCAUGAUCCUAAACACGGGGAUGAAUGCCGUCGGUUUGAUCGACAUUCUCAAAGAGAACUUCGGAACGAAGACCGGAAACUGGAGCCAUUGGAUGUCCGAAGGAUUCUGGUGGCAGUACCUCUGGGGAAGUAUGGUGCUUCUCGUUUGUACCACUAUCUGUCUUGCUGGGAGCGGCUUGUUUGCAAGAGCAUCAAAUGGGCUGUGGAUCAUUUUGGUCGUAGCAACCAUUAGCAUUCCCAUUUCUACUCUCUUCGUCUCGCCGUUUGAGGACCCCGAAGCUGGCAUUCGUUAUACCGGGUUGAGUUGGCGGACGUUUGAGCAAAAUCUGCUGCCGCAGUUCACUCGAGGUGCUGCUGGAAGUGAAAUGAAGGGCAAAGAGACUUGGAAAGAUGUGUUUGGGAUUCUGUUUCCGGCUACAGGAGGCAUCUUCGCUGGAGCCAGCAUGUCAGGGGAUUUGAAGCAUCCGAGCAAGGCCAUCCCGAAAGGCACACUCCAUGGACUUUUCUUCACCUUCAUCCUUUAUGCCCUGGUGAUCCUUUCCUUAGCAUUUACCGUCACCCGUGAUUCUCUUUACGCCAAUUCGAAUGUUAUUGCGGAAGUGAAUGGGUCCGGCACUCUGAUCUUGAUGGGCGAAGUUGCAUCAUCUUUCUUCAGCGCAUUAAUGGGUCUCAUUGGCGCCGCAAAACUCCUUCAGGCGCUUGCGAGAGAUAAUUUGGUUCCUGGACUGCAUAUCUUUGGCCAAGGCACACAAAAGAAGGACGAGCCGACGUUUGCUAUUUUCCUGAGCUAUGUUAUUGCGCAGCUCACCAUGCUCUUUGACCUCAAUCAGAUUGCUUCUCUGACAACAAUGGCUUAUCUCCUAACAUUCCUUGUCAUGAAUCUGGCCUGCUUCUUGCUCAAGAUAAGCUCUGCGCCAAACUUCCGGCCAUCCUUCCACUACUUCAAUUGGGAAACUGCCGCUCUAGGCACCGUUGCCAGCGCCGUAACCAUGUUCUUUGUGGACGGCUUCUACGCUUCGGGUAUCAUCGGGCUCCUUGCCCUCGUGUUUCUCGUCAUCCAUUACGCAUCCAACCCGAAACCAUGGGGCGAUGUGAGCCAGAGCCUAAUCUACCACCAAGUUCGAAAGUACCUGUUGCGGCUACGCGAAGAGCAUGUCAAGUUUUGGAGGCCGCAAAUCCUACUACUUGUAAACGACCCUCGUCGACAGUACAAGUUGAUCCAAUUCUGCAAUUCCUUGAAGAAGGGUGGCUUAUACAUCCUUGGUCACGUUAUUGUGACGAACGACUUCAGCUCUGCAGUCCCUGAGGCUAAAAAGCAACAGGCCACGUGGACGAAAUACAUUGACUUCUCGAAGAUCAAGGCGUUUGUCAACAUUGCUAUCAAUCCAAUGUUUGAAUGGGGAGUUCGCAACCUUGUCCUGAGCGCUGGUCUGGGAGGGAUGCGUCCAAAUGUCGUGGUCAUGGGAUUCAUCAACACCAAUGACUUUCAGAAACAGCUGAUAGAUAUUCCCUCUCCAAAUCCUUUAACCUCCGCAUCGACUAGGGAACAAGAGCGACUCACUCCACCGAAUAGGAAGGCAAGCGUGGACAGGUUCGGGGAAAGCCUACCGACCGAUGCAAACAGACUUGAAGGCGCAGUUAGCGCACGCAGUUAUGUCACGAUUCUGGAAGAUCUUCUCCUUCAAGUCCGGAUCAAUGUGGCCAUCGGUAAGGGCUUCUCAGACCUGGAGCUGCCUGCGCCUAAGCCAGAUCGGUGGGACGAUUCCUUGCGAAUGCUCAAACUUAGGAAAGAGCCAAAAAUCCAAAAUACGAAGCAGUUCAUCGAUCUCUGGCCGAUCCAGAUGUCGGCAGAAAUUGCCUCCGCGGGAAAGGGGAGGAAGAAGCAUUUGACCACCACGAAUUUCGAUACCUAUACCUUGAUUCUUCAACUCGGCUGCAUUCUGCAUACUGUGCCCUCAUGGAAACGGGCAUACAAGCUGCGUAUCGCCGUGUUCGUCGAGUACGAGUCCGAUGUUGAAGAAGAGCGAAGACGUGUAACAGACCUUCUAACUAACCUUCGGAUGGAAGCCACAGUUCUCGUCUUUUGGCUCGCAUGUGGCUCGUUAAACACCUAUGAAGUCAUUGUCAACGGGAAAACCGACAUUCCUUCCGAGCAGCUUGCAGCCGUUAAUGGCGUUCUCCAUGACGAAGACUGGUGGCAGGAGCUUCGCCAAGUGCGAUUACGGCGCGAGUCGGGGCACAUCACGCCCAGCGAAGAGCUCGCGGAGAUGGAAGGCCUCCUCCGCGGUGUAGGGACCAAUUGGCCUGGCUCAUCAUUUCAACACAGCAGAGAUCCAUUGGUGUCGUCUGGGGUCUCUGGACUCCGAAAUAGACUUCAGAAGAGACGGCGCGCGUCAAUGAGCGAGAUGAGCAGGCUAGGAGUGACCAUGGGCAUGCAGACCCAUCGACUCGACCCGAAUCUUAUGAAUGACAGUUCCAGCGAAUGCUCCACCUCCGGGUCGAGUGAUGACGAUGGGUUGUCCGACUCAGACGUGGCGGCGAGCGAGAAUGGCAUAGAAGACAGUAGAGAGUUGCCACGGAUUUCUGGUUCCCGACGGAACACGGUUGGCGGGUUCGGCUCGGUGCGCUACGAUACUACAGCUGCAAGGCCAUCAAUCCCAUCUGCAUCUGGAUCCACUGGCCUAGGGAGGAGAGGGUCGGAUAUUGCUGUCCAUCCAUCCGCGAUCAAACCCGAAGGCCCCCCUCGUCCAGCCGAUCCAGAAAGUCUUAUAGACACGUUUGAGUCCCCCAACACUUCGACCGUGGAUGAACGAGUUGCAACGGCUGCGUCGUUCCCCAAGUCUCCUGUAGCAAGGCCAGACCCCGUACAAGCACCAGGACCCAGCAUCGCGUUCAUCGACCUUCCACAACCCGAUCACGGGGAGCGCACAACGCAGCGAGACGGACCUUAUGGCAAGAGAGACCGGUCUAAGUCACACGGCAAAACCUCGAUAUAUAGUCGUGACUUGGCCCUGACUAUGCAAUCGCUUCCCAUCAGCUUUAACGAUCUGCCCUGUCGAGCGCAGCAUAUGAUCUUGAACGAGUUGAUGCGGUCUCAGAGCGCGGACACGGCGGUCAUAUUUACCACCUUGCCCAGCCCGGUUGCAGGGACGGGGGAGAAUGAGGAAGCGAGCAUCACGUAUUUGAGAGACUUGGAGGUGUUGUGCGAGGGAUGUCCACCGGUAUUGAUGGUGCAUAGUAACAGUAUGACGGUGACGACGAAUUUAUAG